AUCUCGCUGGCCUGCCUGCGGUCCAGCCGUCAGUCAGUCAGUCCUGUUUGUGUGUGUGUGAGUGCUCGCCCUUUGUCGUGAAUGUGAACUCGUGUGGCAUGGCACACACCAGACAGUGAUAGCGAUACGAACGGUCCACCUCGCCCUUCUCCCGGCCCCAACCAGUAGCUUGAGGGUCACGACGAAGCGACCUGCACACCAACACAUACCAACACACACAGAACACACACACACACACACACGCCCAUCCGGUGACUAAGGGAGUGAGUAAUGGGCUGUGUGUCGUCUGUGUGUGUGUACCUGAAAAGUGUGUUGUAUUUGUGGUUCAUGGAUGCAGUCUCGAAGGUCGGCAGAGAAGCCGCCUCCUACACACACCAGUCCACACACACACACGUGUUGAUCAUGGAUGAGACAUGAGACACACUCACGCAGAUACAUGGACAUUCAGCUGCUUGUGGGCCGGGCCACCGACAGACCUGUAUUGAGUAUUUGCUGCUGAUUCGCGGCUUGCGCUUCUUCUCUGCCACACACACACACAGACACGCAGACAUACGUACAUCCAUCUAAGUGCGUGUCGUCCGUGGUGCCUGCUGACUUACCAGUUUGUGCUGCCGUGGCAGACGGCUGCGCCCCUCCAUCAGCCGCCUCACCAUGAGCACCAUCUGACCGAUCACACACACCGACCGACCUUUGCUUUUCAGAGGUGAUGGUUGGCAGGCAAGCCCACCUGCAGCAGGAGCAGCUGCCGCAGAUGCUGGUGACGUGACAGUGUCCUUCUGGUCACCAUCCGCCGUAUCAGUGGCUAUCGCAGGAGGCGCCUGCACACAGAGAGGGAGAUCACCAGCCGUCUUCCCUCCAUGCCCAUUCACGCCACCUUGGCUUUGCUCAGGAUAAUGGCCUGUGGCGCCGUCUUGGAUAGAGCCAGGGCCUUCGGUGCUGUUGAUCCUGCUGCGGACUGCUGGCCGCUCCGCACAUUCAGCGUCGCAGCCAGCCGGCUGACCGCCGACGGCUUCUGAGAACUCUUGACAGUAUCCUCGCCAGCUCCUGCUGCUGCUGUUGGGGCAGCCUGUUUGCCUUUGGUAGGUGAUGCGGCGGGCGGCAAAGCCAGGGUGAGACUCUCAGUUGGGGAGGCGGGGCUUUCGGGCUGGCCUGCGGCCGGUGUGUGCGGCUGUUCUCUUGUGGGGCUUCUGACGCCGUCAUCGUCUCUGUGUGUGCCGGAGCUGGGCCGCUGGCUCUUGGGCGAAGUGAUGAACGCCGACGACUCUGACGCCCGGCCGGGGAGGCCCUCCAUUAUCACGGCAGCAUCGUAGUACUCUGUUGACCAACAGCAAGGGGUGGCGGCUAUUUAUUUGUGGCUGUGGCUGAGUGUCUGCCUGCCGCCUACCCCUGGCAGCGUCCUUGAUGGCCAUGGGUGCUGUGUCUCGUGGACUGGGCUGUGUGGGCUGCAGGUGCGCCGCCAUGAUUCGCGUGCCGCGACCCUGCUCAUCGUCGAGCUGCAAUGGCUCCUGAUGGGGCACAUGGGACAAGCACACAGAGAGUGUGUGAAUGUGUGUCUCCGUCGGUCGCUCACAUACGCACGUACAUUUCCCCGUCUGAGUGCGGUUUUGAAUCUGUGUCUCGUGUCGUCACGGAGAGCACGGCCGACGGGGGCCACCUGCAAAUAUACACCAUGAAUGCCAACGGCAUUUGCUCCCUUUGCCUGGGUGUGGUGGGUUCUCACCUCCUCGCCCGUCGGCCGAUACUCGUUGAGCACCCACUGGAGAGAACAUCUGCGCACGUGGGGAUCCGAUCCACACCUCAAUCAGCCCUGCCCCUCCCCUGUCUGUCUGUCUGUCUCUGUGUGUGUGUGUCAGCUUAUUUACCGUCCUGGCAGGAGUCUGUGUAUGAGGUAGGGCAGCCUUUCGAAGACCUUGGCGAACUCAUCGAAUAUCACAAACUCGGUAAUGCUGCCUGCUGCCUGAGUAAGUGACUCCAUCGUGACUUCGAACAGCCGCCGGGCCUGCUGCAGGGACAGCUCGUCAGCGAAGAGGAUGUCUGCGAGCAGUGCGGUGCGGUCUUUGGUGAGGUCGUUGCGCUGUGUUGCGAAGUACAGCUCGAAGAUCUCGUCAGGAGACAGACACGCGUCGUCAUCCGCGUCAAACACUCUGGGAUGGUUGAGUGAUGCAUUCAUUCACACGUGUAUGUGUGUGGACUGCUGAGCGGCCAGUGUGUAUUCAUUUACCUGAAUAGGGACCGCAGGCGUGUCAGCUGGUCAGCUUUGCUGAUCUGCAGGCAACACUCAGACAUGCUGCACGGCCGUCUUCUGUGCCUGUGUGUUCGUGUCUCAUGAGACUCACGAGUAUGAGUGCCGUGACGAGAUCGAUGGCCUUGAGGAACCCCUGCUUCCGCCGGUCCACUCGAUCAAACAGCAGCUCUCAACAUAACACACAAACCCCACACAGACAGCACAAGACGGCAAUCCAUAUCGGCUGACACAGACGGCACAGAUCCGCGUCUCCCCUACCCAGGAGCAUCUCUUCUUGCGUCACAGCCGGCCCCGACAUGCUGUCCCGCCUCUCCCCCUUCCUCAGAGCAAUCCCCCCGCCCGGCGCGUAUGUGGCAGAGAGGGGCCCCGGCCCGGUGGAUGACAAGGGAGACAUGAGCUGUCCCCCGCUGCUGGGUUCCGCCGCACUCACGUGUCGGGGCGGGUGGGAGUCCCUCUGUGGGCUGGGGGGGGGGGCCCGCAGCAGGAAGCGGCGGGCCUUGCGGAGAAACGUCAUGGCGCUGAUCUGCACUCAUACACAAACACAGACAGACAGACGCGGAUUGGUGUGGCGUCUGCACACAACUUGUGUGGUGUUGUUGUGGUGCGUACUUUUCCAUCGGCUUCUGGCUGUGUGAGCAGGUCUCGCUUGAUGGAGUACCACAGCCGCUCCAGCCGAGGCAGCGCCAGACACUCGGUGUGCACAUGUUCCACCAUAUCCAUCUGACAAACACACCAGAGGGGGACGAAAAGAGAAGAGGACGAACAUCAUAUUGACCAUUUAAACGCUUACAUCAAACUGGGGAGCGAACAUCGUCGCGCUCGACUGCG